UAACACGUGAGCAAAUGAUGAACUUGCUAAUGUUCUUGCCCACUUGGGAUGGAAAGAUGCCACAACCUUGUAUAUUAAAACCACGUCCGUUAUGGACAGGAAAACAAAUAUUUUCAUUGAUUAUACCUGGAAAUGUGAAUAUGAUACGCACACAUUCCACACAUCCUGAUGAAGAGGAUGAUGGUCCAUAUAAAUGGAUUUCACCAGGUGACACAAAAGUAAUGGUAGAACAUGGUGAACUUAUUAUGGGCAUAUUGUGCAAGAAAACAUUGGGUACUUCGGCUGGUUCUCUACUUCAUAUUGUAUUCUUGGAAUUGGGUCAUGAGAUCGCAGGUCGCUUUUAUGGUAACAUUCAGACUGUAAUAAACAAUUGGUUACUGUUAGAAGGUCACAGUAUCGGUAUUGGUGAUACAAUUGCUGAUCCUCAGACCUAUAAUGAAAUUCAGAUGGCAAUCAAAAAAGCCAAAGAUGAUGUCAUAAAUGUCAUUCAAAAGGCACAUAACAUGGAGUUGGAACCUACACCCGGUAACACAUUGAGGCAGACAUUCGAAAAUCAAGUAAAUCGUAUCCUAAAUGAUGCUCGUGACAAAACUGGUGGUUCAGCUAAGAAAUCUUUAACUGAAUAUAAUAACCUAAAGGCUAUGGUGGUCUCAGGUUCUAAGGGUUCAAAUAUUAACAUUUCUCAAGUUAUUGCUUGCGUGGGUCAGCAAAACGUAGAAGGUAAACGUAUUCCGUACGGUUUUCGCAAGCGCACUUUGCCACAUUUCAUUAAAGACGAUUAUGGUCCUGAAUCUAGAGGGUUUGUAGAAAAUUCAUAUCUUGCCGGUCUGACACCAUCCGAAUUCUACUUUCACGCUAUGGGUGGUCGUGAAGGUCUUAUCGAUACAGCUGUCAAAACUGCUGAAACUGGUUAUAUUCAGCGUCGUUUGAUAAAGGCUAUGGAGUCUGUUAUGGUUAAUUAUGAUGGCACUGUUAGAAAUUCUGUUGGCCAAUUGAUUCAGUUACGUUAUGGUGAAGACGGUCUUUGUGGUGAAACAGUGGAAUUUCAAAAUUUACCAACAGUAAAACUGUCAAAUAAAUCCUUUGAAAAGCGAUUUAAAUUUGAUUGGUCCAACGAGCGGUACAUGCGUAAAGUUUUCACUGAUGAAGUUAUUAAAGAAUUAAGUGAAAGUGGAUCCGCAUUACCGGAGUUAGAAAUUGAGUGGGAACAAUUGUGUCGAGAUCGCGAAGCAUUACGUGAAAUUUUUCCCAACGGCGAUUCCAAGGUUGUAUUGCCUUGCAAUUUACAAAGAAUGAUUUGGAAUGUACAAAAGAUUUUCCACAUAAAUAAACGUAUGCCUACUGAUUUGUCUCCUCUGCGUGUGAUUAGCGGUGUACGCGAUUUGUUACAACGCUGCGUCAUUGUAGUUGGCAAUGAUCGCUUGUCGAAACAAGCAAACGAAAACGCUACUUUGCUCUUCCGUUGCUUGGUACGUUCAACGCUUUGUACCAAAUAUGUAGCUGAAGAGUUUCGAUUGUCCACAGAGGCUUUCGAGUGGUUAAUUGGUGAAAUCGAGACAAGAUUCCAACAGGCUCAAGCUAAUCCAGGCGAAAUGGUGGGUGCUUUAGCUGCCCAAAGUUUGGGUGAACCUGCCACACAGAUGACAUUGAAUACUUUCCAUUUUGCUGGUGUAUCUUCGAAAAACGUAACUUUGGGUGUACCGCGUCUCAAAGAAAUUAUUAAUAUUUCGAAGAAGCCAAAGGCUCCUUCACUUACUGUUUUUCUAACUGGUGGUGCAGCUCGUGAUGCCGAAAAGGCUAAAAACGUUUUGUGUCGUUUAGAACAUACAACUUUAAGAAAAGUUACUGCUAACACAGCUAUUUAUUAUGAUCCAGAUCCUCAACGUACAGUUAUAUCGGAGGAUCAAGAAUUUGUGAAUGUUUAUUAUGAAAUGCCUGAUUUUGAUCCAACCCGCAUUUCACCUUGGCUACUGCGUAUUGAGUUGGAUCGUAAACGUAUGACAGAUAAAAAAUUAACUAUGGAACAAAUUGCUGAAAAAAUAAAUGCAGGAUUCGGUGAUGAUCUAAAUUGCAUAUUUAACGAUGACAAUGCUGACAAGCUUGUGUUGCGUAUACGUAUUAUGAACAAUGAAGAGAAUAAAUUUCAAGAUGAGGAUGAGGCUGUCGAUAAGAUGGAAGAUGACAUGUUUCUGCGUUGCAUUGAGGCAAAUAUGUUAUCUGAUAUGACAUUACAAGGCAUUGAAGCGAUUGGAAAAGUAUACAUGCAUUUGCCACAAACAGACAGCAAAAAACGUAUUAUUAUAACUGAAACGGGAGAAUUUAAAGCUAUUGGAGAAUGGCUAUUGGAAACUGAUGGUACAUCAAUGAUGAAAGUAUUGUCGGAACGAGAUGUUGACCCAGUACGAACCUCAUCGAAUGAUAUUUGUGAAAUUUUCACAGUAUUGGGUAUUGAAGCUGUACGUAAAUCUGUUGAGAAAGAGAUGAACGCUGUAUUGCAGUUCUAUGGUCUUUACGUGAACUAUCGUCAUUUGGCCUUGUUGUGUGACGUAAUGACAGCAAAAGGUCACUUGAUGGCCAUUACACGUCACGGUAUAAAUCGUCAAGAUACUGGUGCUUUAAUGAGAUGUUCUUUUGAGGAAACUGUUGAUGUGUUGAUGGAUGCUUCUGCACAUGCAGAAACUGAUCCUAUGAGAGGAGUGUCGGAAAAUAUAAUUAUGGGACAAUUACCUAAAAUGGGAACUGGUUGCUUUGAUCUAUUAUUGGAUGCAGAAAAAUGUCGUUACGGUAUUGAAAUACCAAGUACUUUAGGUCCAAAUAUGCUUGCAGGUUCUGCAAUGUUCUUUGGUGCGGGUGCAACGCCUAGCAUGACACCGCCACAGACACCAUGGAUAAAUUGCAGUACACCACGUUAUUUCUCACCAACUGGACAACUGGGUAUGACACCUGGUGGUCCUAGUUUUUCACCAUCAACAUCUGAAGUGUCUGGCAUGUCACCAAGUUGGUCACCAAACCAUCCCGGAUCGUCUCCGAAUUCUCCAGGGAUGUCUCCAUGCUUUACUCAAUCUCCAAGUCCGUCACCAUUAUAUUCGCCUACCAGUCCGAAUUAUAUAGUUUCAUCCCCUGUUGCGGCGUCACCUAAUUAUUCACCAUCUAGUCCUACAUACUCACCCUCUUCACCUAUGUACGUGUCUAGUCCGCGUUAUUCGUCAAAUACACCCAAUUAUAACUCAGGUUCAACUGGAUAUUCUCCGGCCGGUAUAAAUUAUUUGUCCGCAUCGCCUGGUUAUUCACCAUCUUCAAACUUUACAUCAUCAAGUCCAUCAUUUUCUGGUGGUACAAUGCGGUUUUCACCAAAUAGCGCUUACUCUCCAACAUCUUCUAAUUAUUCUCCGAACUCACCCUCUUAUUCUCCCAAUUCACCAUCGUACUCACCAUCAAGCCCUUCCUACUCACCCAAUUCACCAAGUUAUUCACCGAAUUCACCAUCAUAUUCACCGUCAUCGCCAACGUAUACACCGGUUACACCGACCUAUUCUCCAAGUUCCCCAAGCUUUUCAAAAUCAAAUUAUUCUCCUGGUUCGGGCGUAUAUUCACCAACGGGUGGAAAUUAUUCGCCAUCUUCUCCAACCUAUUCGCCGCCAUCACCAUCGUAUGAUGGCUCACCAGGUUCUCCACGCUAUACACCAGUCUCAACAAAAUAUUCUCCAUCAUCGCCAGUCUUUUCGCCAACAUCGCCGGUGUAUUCUCCAAGUUCUCCGCAGCAUACACCACAUCAAUACAGCCCUACAGGCUCUAGUUAUUCUGGUACAAGUCAAAAUUACUCAGCUUAUUCCCCAAGCAGUCCUAAAUAUUCUCCAACAUCUCCAACGUCGCCGACUUAUUCACCGAACGCACGUAACUAUUCUCCAACUUCACCCAUAUAUUCACCUACGUCGCUCUCGCAAGGUUAUAGUCCAACCAGUCCAGCCUAUUCCCCCAGUAGCCCACCAUAUGAUGAGAGUGACAGCUAAAUGACUAAACAACUUCAAAUUUUUUUCUUUAACUUAAUAAAUACUAUCUAAAUUUUA